AUGCCCCAUUCCGACCGUAUCCCUUUUGAACCAUGGCGCACACCUGAAUUCAAUAUUGUUAUUGUCGUCGGCCGUAAUAUCCUUGUGCAGCUCGAUGCGCAAUAUCCUCUCUCGAGUUUCAGGGAUCCGCCGAGCGGACCGCCCAUGUCGUCUGGAGGAGCGCUGCCGCCGACGUUCAGCCCGUUCUCGCCUUUCUCCUACCUCUUCCCGCAGCAGUCCUCGCCUUUCUCGGCCGCCGCCGCUGCCGCCGCCGCCGCUGCACACCAACAGCGUCUCAAGAUCAAACGUCAUCGACAGCGCGUCGACGCCGGCGAGCCCAGGAACUCUUUCCAGGUGUGCCUUUGAAUUUGUAACUUCGUUCACUCUCAAGUUUUUUAAGGCUUCUUGAACUCUCUAUCAAAAUAAAAAAUCAGGUUUUUGAUGAGUCUGACAAACCUGGAGCCUUUUGAAUCAAAAAAAGCGUUGGCCAAGUCUUUCGUACAACUUUAUGAAGAAUUUUGAUGAGAAACGGAAUUUUUCUUCCGACUUUGCUAUUCCCUUGUAGUUUUAUUCUCAAUCUUUAAAAGAAAAAGAGAUGAGUUCCGUCAAAAUCUGGAAAAUCUUCUCAAACUUCUAUGACAUGGGUUUUUCAAUGAGGAAUUGUACAAAGGUUUAAGAGAAAUGUUACUUGUAUCUCCAAAGUUUUCAUACGAGAACUAUCGCUCAAGUUCACAAUUUCAUUCAAACUGUAUUCAAUUUUUGCUCUUAAAUUUUGAAUCAAAAAAGUUUUCAGUUUUCCAAUAUUUUUUUUUUGUGGAAAUACCUGAGAACGCAGAAAAUUUUGAUUCUUUCGAAGAUUAUUCGUUUCAAGCUGAAAUAAGGCAAAAGGGCGAAAAGUUGAAAACUUAUGAUAGCAGUUGCGUUUACAAAACUGGGAUGAACGAGUGUCUGUUUCUCUGGUCGCCGAUUUCCCGACGUUUUUCAGGGGAAAAACGGAAAAGAAAUGAUGGCAUCGAACGAAUCGAUAAACAGCCUGUGGAUGGCCAACUCGCCGAGCGCCGUCUGCGAGGCAAAGUCCGUCGAACAGCCGACCGAUUUGUCGUUCAAAGGCCUCACGGUAGGCAUCCCGUCUCUCUUCGGAUUAUUCUCGGAGCUUCAGCCGGUCGACGACACCGAGCAGCUCGACGUAGACGUCGUCGAGGAGAAGGACGACCUCUGCGAGGACAGCGAGGAGCCCAACAGCAAGGAAGAGACUCCGGCGAGCAGAGAAAGCCCCAGCUCGACCAGCUCCGCCUCCAAACGCAAGAGCUUCCAGCCUCAGAAGAUUGGCGAACAGUUGGAGGCCAAUGAUGGUAAUAAUUAACGAAAUGAAAGAUAAAUAAUGAACACGAAGUUUUUACAGUUAUUUAAAAAAUUAAUUGAAUCAAAAAUUUCAAGAAACUGAUCGACUAAAGUACGUUUUUCUGUCUAGAAUGAAGUUUACAUAUGAAAAAAAAAUUGGUAACCAAUAUUUCGAUUAUGUAGAAUCAUUCUUUGAGGAACCUUGUUUGCAUUUGACUGUGAGUCGAAGAAGGUUAAAAAUUUUAGGGAGAUGUGCCUGAGAGUGAAGAAAAGUUGUGUUUUAAAAACUAAAAAAGUUUUCCUUUACAAUAAAUUUCAACAAUUUUUCGAAAAAAUAAUCAGCUCAAAAAGUUUUCAAAAAAAGAACUUUCUGUCAGAUGAAGAAACGGACUCCGUCAAGAACGAUAGCGUGGAAGAUGAGACGGAAAUGAUCGAGAAGCUGACAGAAGAGAAACCGGCUUCUGAGAACCGGGAAUACUCGGCUCUUCAAGCUCAACUCUCCGCCUCCCCUGUCAAGUUCCCUGGCGACGUCUUCGAGGCCCAGGUACCUUCAGGAGAAAAGUCAGCCACCUUAUUUGGAAUUUGAGAAGAAGCUGUACAACGCGUUACUCGAGCAACAGCGCAAGUUCAUGCCACCCACCAAUGAUGUUCGUCAAUCAAAGAAAUAAGAAGACUUGGAACAUUUUUCAGGAGCGAAAAAUCGAUUACAAUCAUCUGGUGCAGACGCUGAAGAACGAAAUUAUUGAAAAUCUUUCCAGCUCCAUUGAGCGGGUACGUGGAUUUUCUAUGGGAAGAAUUGAAGAUAGUCAAGUAAUCGUCGCGACGUUGAUCGCGGAGUUGACGUUAUAUCGCCGAUUUUGUUGAUUUAUUAAUUUUUAGUCCCUUCUUUAUUCAAAGAAAAUUUCAUCAAGAGCUUAAAAAAAUAAGAAAUUAAAAUAUUAGGUUUAGAAAGAAAUUAUUCCCAGAAAUCGCAAUAUUGCGAGUCAUUUAUUAGGAAUGGAUAUAAUUAUAAAUGGCAAACUUACUGCUUUGUUCUAGUUUUUAAGAGUCAAUCCAGCUUUAAGGGAAGUUUCCUCGAGGUAAAUCUCAACCGAUCUUUUAAAAACCCAGCUAGCUAUUGUGAAUGAGCAUAUUAGACUUGGAAAAACUGAGUAAAGGAAAUUCUGUUAGCGAUAUUUAACAAUAAUUAUCCGUGUUUUGCACCAAAAGAAGUUCUCAGGUAGUUCGAGAGUGGGCAACGGCAGAAAUCGCGCGGCAGGCGCAGUCCAACAACAACGAAUUUCGUCAACCUCCGGUUCAGCAUCCACUCUUUCCCGCCAACCCCUUGACGCAGUUCCCGUUGGCUCACGGUCUGUCUCAAGUCUCCUUCUUUCCAACUUCCUGUUCUCCAGGUAUGAACUCCGGUAUCUUCCCCAGCACUUUCAACGCCUUCAAUCUGCACGCCUUCAACGCUCUCCGAAGGACAGCCGUCAUCAACGAGGAGGACACGCCGAAAAAGAAAAAGUCGAGGGUAAUCUUUUCAAUAUUUUCGGCUUUCUUUUUUUUCUGGUAUUGAUCUGGUGCCUCGACAGGAAUAUCAAAACAGGCGUUUGUAUCUGAAAUUUUUACCCCGGGAAACUCUGUUAAAAUUUCCGGAAGAAGCAACGUUAGGGCGUUUUUUGGCAAUAUCCUUUGGAUAUCCAUCUUUUUGUGUAAAUCUCCAAGAAAAAGAACGUCAAAGGAUAUUUUCAUACAAAAACUUUUCAAAGCACUUUCUUAGAUUACUAGGAGGGUCUAACUUUUUGAAAGUUUUGCUGCUUAUGAUCUUUCUAGCAGACUUCUCCUAACUAGUUUCCUUUUUUGCAGACGGCUGACGUAAUGAAGAAAGAAGACUCGAACUCCGUGCGCGACAGUUCGCCGUUCAGUCCGCCAGCAAGUCCUUCGAUGGGCCAUACGACUCCCAAUAUGUCGCGCUACUUCCCGCCGACACUCGUCGGUCACCCGCUGUACGGCGGAGUGUCGUUCGGCGAGCGGGAGGACAGUCCAACCAACUCGGAUGAGCUGAGCGACUGCGGUCCCUAUGAUGGCUCUCAUAGGUUUCAACAUAUCUGGAAUAACAUCUUCAAGCAUUCUCUUUCAGUUCGACGUUGACACCGAUGCAUCUGCGCAAGGCGAAGCUCAUGUUCUUCUACACGAGAUAUCCCAACUCCAACCUCCUCAAGUCCUACUUCCCGGACAUUCGCUUCAACAAGAACAACACGGCGCAGCUCGUCAAGUGGUUCAGCAACUUCAGGUUCGCUCUAUCGAGAAUCCCUACAGAAAAUAAGUAGAAACAGCUGAGUAAACUUGUAAACCUGAGAACGAAACAUAGAAAUGUUUUAUCUCCUUUCAAAUGAGGAUUCGCUUUCAUCUUUUUACCAGUAUUCUGUGAAAGAACUUAAGAAGUCUGUUGGUUUCGAAACUAUUGAAGAUUAACUUUUAUUCAUUUGUGAAAUUGAAGGAUACAAGAUCUCUUAAUUUUCGAAAGCUAGAGAGCGUUUGGAAUUCGAGUUUUUAGAGACCAAAGAAAAUUAAUAACCUGAUUUCUCUAACCUCGUUUCUAACAUUAUAUGGGAAAAAGCAAGAACUUAAAAAUGAGUCCUUUUUUGUAUGGGGUUGAAGCUUUCCGCUUGACUUUUUCCUUAUUUUCCAUCUCAAAACUAGGCAAAUUUUUUUGGACUUUUUAAGAUUUUCCCACUUUUUUUAAACUUCAUGGACUAUUUUCCUUGAAAGUAACAUGGAAAUAAGUUUUCGAACCUCUACUGUAAUCGUUUGGAGAAAAGCGCGAUAUGUAUUGCUGCUCUCAUCAUUUUUCAACGCCGUGCGUCGGAGAAUCGCGCGGCCCAUAAACGGAGAAAUUUUUGAUGAUGAAAGCACAUGCUGAAGGCUGUUCACACAGGCAUGCAAGGAGUGAAUGGGCGAGACGCCAUUCCGAAAUUGCACACAAUAGGUCUUAGAGGGAACGAGGGCCGUCAUGCUUGGGUGGUACUGUACGUCGGCCUCGUCUUUCUCUUUUCCCUGUCAUCAUCAACGUAAUCAUCUCCGCUGCAAAGCCGAUUUCGAUUUCCCACAAAUGUGUACCAGUUCGAGGGACUUCCGUCGCCCGAAUUUCGGCGCCUGUCCUUGUUUCUGCGACUCCAAAUCCGGCUGAUGUCGUUUCCCAACCGCUGUCUCUUAACAGAAACAAAGCCGGCGAAAAGGGAAAACGAAAAAGAAAAGAGCAAGUUUUGGAACCAACAGUUGAACAGUCCUACCUGGGGCAAGAACUUCUAUGAUAAGUUUUUUAAGGCUACAAAUAAAUUAUAGCCUCAGGGUCACACGUGUGCUAUGCUUGCAUUUCAGCUCUAUUGGGCUGACUUAGAAAGAGAACUAUUGCGUUAUUGCUCUUUCUUAUACGUGAAAGCAAAAAUGUUGUUCUCAUUUUACCGAGUCAAAUUAAAGUCUUUUAUACAAGAUUGAGCUUAUUCUGUAAAAGUGUUGUUGUGCAGGGAAUGGCAAAGAGAUUCAACGGCAUUUUUGAAGUUUUCAGUGGACCUACAAAACUAUUCAUAUAUAGUAAUAAUCUACAGACAUUAUGACUAGAAAAAUACUUCAAAAAAAUUAAGAGGUGUCUUUCAUAACGAGUAGUUCGGAUUAUGAAUACUUGGGAAAAAAAAUUAGUGACUUUUAAAUUUCAAUUAAAGUCAGACCUAGCGUUUAAUUUUGUGGGAUCUUUUUUCUGCUUACUUUUGCUCAAAAGACAGAUAUCGUAUUGAGUAUGAAAACUCGAGAGAUGUUUAUGAAUGGUCAAAAUCCUACAAAAAAUUUGAAGCUCGAAAACUUUAAUCGUGGAAAAAAAAAUAGAAACUGAAAUAUGCAGACAGAAUUGUCUGAAACCGACAGUUUCAAUGUUCAUCGAUCUGAAAAAAAGGUUUUUCAGAGAGUUCUACUACAUCCAGAUGGAGAAGUUCGCGCGGCAGCUGCUGGCGGAAGGCGUCAAACGGCGCGAGGACAUCUUCGUCUCCAAGGACUCGGAGCUCUUCAAGGCGCUCAACACCCACUACAACCGCAACAAUCACAUUCAGGUCAGCGGCGAUAAUCUUCUACCGCGCCGCGCAUUAUUCUCGUUUGUUUCCGGAAACUCUCAAUAUUCAAACUCUACUUUUUUCAUUUCUCAACUUCCAACAAGCAAAAGGGAAUAUGUGUCAUGAGUGUUUCAAAAUUUACAGUAAUCCAUCAUAGCUAUAAUCGUACGAUAAUUUUCCAAAGAUUCUGCCAACUAAUUCAUUUGAAGUUUUGAAAAAUACUUCAAAGGACAUUUUUUAAUUUUGAACAGUCGAGGCCGCUUUUUACUCUUUUCAAAAAAAAUGAACGAAAAAUUAAAAUUUAGAUUUUUUUGUGUUGAGUAAGGCUCUAAUUUUUUCAUUUGGGUUCAAACAUUUUUUUCAAGGUUUCUGAUGAUUCAUGUUUUGAUUUUUGAAAAUUUUGUUGUCAAGUAAACGGCAGAAAUUUUUCUGAUUGAAAAGUCGCUUUUCAGCCACCGGAGAAGCUCGUAUACGUGGUGCAGGAAUCGUUGCGGGAGUUUUUCGACGCUGUCAGGAUGGGGAAAGACAACGAGCCAUCGUGGAAGAAGACUAUCUACAAGGUUAUCAACCGACUCGAUGACGUCAUUCCCGAGUACUUCAAAGACCCGAACUUCCUAGAUAGACUUGAUUCUUAG